AUGUACCAUCUUCUACGUACCACUCUCCAGCGCACUAACUUUAUCAAGUACAACUGGGAGGACGCAUUCCUACUUGAUUCGCAGCUGACUGACGAGGAAAAGAUGGUCCGCGAAACUGCACAGUCAUACGCGCAAGAGCACCUGCUGCCUCGCGUCAUCCAGGCCACGCGCAAGGAGACGUUCGACACCGGGAUCAUGCGCGAAAUGGGCGCACGAGGUCUGUUGGGAUCGACUAUCGAGGGUUACGGAUGCGCUGGCGUGUCCCACGUGGCAUACGGCCUGGCUGCGCGCGAGAUCGAGCGCGUUGACAGCGGAUACCGGUCGGCAAUGAGCGUGCAGUCCUCCUUGGUGAUGCACCCGAUCAACGAGUUUGGAACGGCUGAGCAGAAGGAAAAGUAUCUGCCCCGCUUGGCCACUGGCGAGCUUAUCGGUGCCUUUGGUCUGACCGAGCCCAACCAUGGCAGUGACCCAGCGGGCAUGGAGACCACGGCUCGGCGCGAGGGCUCGGUGUACCGCCUGUCCGGCUCAAAGAUGUGGAUUACAAAUUCUCCUGUCGCCGAUGUUUUUAUCGUCUGGGCAAAGAAUGUCGAGGAAGGGGGCAAGAUCCGUGGCUUUAUCCUGGAGCGCAACAUGAAGGGGCUGAGCACCCCGGUCAUUGAGGGAAAGAUGGCGCUGCGCGCUUCGGUCACUGGAAUGAUCCAGAUGGACGAUGUCGAGGUACCUGUCGAGAACAUGCUUCCCGGUGUUUCGGGGCUCAAGGGGCCGUUCAGCUGCUUGAACAAGGCCCGCUAUGGCAUCUCCUGGGGUGUCCUUGGCGCCGCCGAGAACUGUCUCGAGGUCGCGCGCAACUAUGCACUUGACCGCAAACAGUUUGGUGUCCCUCUGGCACGCUUCCAAUUAGUUCAGGCCAAAUUGGCGUUGGCUCAUUCGGAGAUUGCGCUGGCAUUGCAAUCAUGCCUGCGUGUCGGCCGGCUUAUUGAUGAGGACCAGCUCGCGGUUGAAAUGAUCUCACUGAUUAAGCGCAACUCGUGCGUCAAGUCGCUCGAGAUUAGUCGUAACAUGCGUGAUAUCCUGGGUGGUAACGGAAUUGCCGACGAGUUCCAUAUUAUCAGGCACCUCAACAACCUCGAGGUGACAAACACCUACGAAGGACCGCCGACAUUCACCUGUUGA